AUGGCUCUGGAAGUACUGUGCAGCCAGGACCAGGGUCAGGUCAGAGUCCGCUUAGACGCUAUCGAAGAGCGGCUAGAUCAUUUUGGAACUCUACUUCAAAGUAUUUUGGAUCUCCUAGUCAAAAAAACUUCCGAUGAUACUAUCCUCCAUGAGAAUGAUACCGCGGCUGAGCGGCCUCGAAAGAAGCCACGCAACACUGUAAAAUCUUCUGGAAAUGACAUCAAUGAUGACACAGCAGCAAGCACUCCAUUACCAGCUGAUCCUUCCAUACCCAACGAGAUCCUCGAGGCUGUCGUCGAGACAUACUUCACCUACUGCCAUAAUCAACCAUACUCCUUCUUUCACGAAGGAAAUUUCCGUCACCGUCUAUUGACUGACUCCCUUCCCGAGUAUUUGAUCCUCGCUGUCUUUGCGUACAGUGUUCGCUACUGUGCACAUUCCUACUUCGCCAAUAACCCGCACGAAAUGUCUGUCUUGUAUGCGAACCAAUCCUGGAAGUCGGUGGUAAAGAAUUGCUUUACUGCGAACAAGGCAGCGGACCUUUCCAUUGUGCAGACGAUAGCUCUUCUAGCACUGUUCGACUUUACAGCUGGUCAAACCCGCCAUGGCUCGGCUUGGGUGAAGAUAGGAAUGGCCGUCAGGAUCGCUCAAGAUCUCGGCCUCAUGCUUGAUGCUAGUCCCAACCUUCCUUCUCCUGAUCGGGAAGAGCGACACAGGACUUUUUGGUCUGUCUACCUUCUCGAUCGCUUGGUCUCGUGCGGACGUGGCCGGCCUCCAGCAAUUGUUGAUUCAUCCUGCCACUUACAACUCCCCUGUGACGACGCGAUUUGGAAAGAAGGACAGUGGAAGAAAACACCAACCCUGGACGAGCUCACCAAUCGUACCAUGGUCAAUUCAGAACCUCAAGGCUAUUUUGCUCACGUCAUCGUCUUAGCUUAUACCCUCGGAAGGGGAGCACAAUACAUGUUACAAGAUUUCAACAUUCGGAGCCGCUGCCCCCCAUGGGACCCCAGCUCGGAUUUCGCAGCCAUCGAAUCAGACCUUCUGCAUCUCGAAACGCGACUAGAAACGUCCAAGCCGGUCCAAGAGAUCCUCGCACCUCACAUCGACGAGUACGGCGUUGUUGACCACCAAAGAAUUGGACACAUACUGUUCGCCCGAGCACUGUUCCACCUCUCUUAUUGCAUGCUUAAUCACCCUUUCCUGUUGAGGAGGCGUAUUGAAAAUAGUCGGAUGACGGCUCCAAGCAGCUUUUUGGCGCGGACAAAUCAGACCGGAUUCGUGCACGCACAAAGUAUGCUUGAACUCAUUCGCCUUGCUCGUACCAUGGGCUGUGUCUUUCAGUCUUCCUUCAGUGGUUACUGCAUAACCGUCGCAGGGUCAAUCGCCCUGCUGCAUAUGCGUGGUGACGGUUCCCAAUUAAGUUCAACAGCCCGAAGUCUGGUACAUGAAGCCAUUUCGUACUUGGAGGACGUGGGUAGGUAUUGGAACAAUGUGUCGACCAUGGCCACUAUUCUCCGCGAAAGCGCCAAGAACGCCGUCGCUUUCGAAGACUUUCGCACCUCCUCGCCUCAAAUUGCCCCCUUGUCCGGUCCCAACACAGAUACGAUGUGGAGACUCGUUGACUAUAGCACAAUGUCGAAUGAAGUGGCAGCAGGACUGAGGGAGACUCUCAAUCCCGAUGCAGACAUGUGGUUGGACUCUUGGACCGACCUGUUCGGCAUUAUGGAUGCUACCACGGCCGAUUUUCCUACUUUUGCAGAUGGCAUGGGUGACCUCUAUGAUGGGCUUGGAUAG